AUGUCUGGCAUCAACGCCGGCGACGAGAAACUCAUAUUCGAGUCUUCCGAGACCGUCUCGGUAGUCUCGACUUUUGAUGACCUCGGCUUGAAGGAGGAUCUUCUCCGUGGUAUCUAUGCUUAUAACUUUGAGAAACCGUCGGCUAUCCAGCAGCGUGCCAUUCUUCCUAUAAUCCAGGGGAGAGAUGUCAUCGCUCAAGCACAGUCUGGUACGGGAAAAACUGCCACAUUCUCCAUAUCCAUCUUGCAAUCCAUCGACGUAACUGUCCGCGAGACACAAGCCCUUGUUCUCAGCCCUACCCGAGAGCUGGCUACACAGAUUCAAUCCGUCGUCCUCGCUCUCGGGGACUACAUGAAUGUCCAAUGCCACGCGUGUAUUGGUGGAACUUCUAUUGGAGAGGACAUUCGGAAGCUGGAGUAUGGUCAACACGUAGUAUCUGGUACUCCUGGCCGUGUGUUCGACAUGAUCCGUCGCCGGAGUCUGCGGACACGAAACAUCAAAAUGCUGGUUCUGGACGAAGCAGAUGAGCUGUUAAACAAAGGGUUCAAGGACCAAAUAUACGACGUCUAUCGGUAUUUACCCCCCGCGACGCAAGUAGUACUACUCAGUGCUACUCUGCCUUACGAUGUCCUCGAAAUGACGACAAAAUUUAUGACCGAUCCCAUUCGCAUCCUUGUCAAGCGUGAUGAAUUGACAUUGGAGGGUAUCAAACAAUUUUUCGUCGCUGUGGAGAAGGAGGACUGGAAAUUCGACACGCUCUGCGACUUGUACGACACUCUUACCAUUACUCAAGCUGUCAUCUUCUGCAACACACGGAGGAAGGUCGAUUGGUUGACAGAAAAAAUGCGAGCCGCUAACUUCACUGUCUCGUCGAUGCACGGUGAAAUGGUUCAGAAGGAGCGAGAUGCUAUUAUGGCGGAAUUCCGCAGUGGAACAUCACGUGUCCUUAUCACUACGGACGUCUGGGCGCGCGGAAUCGACGUUCAGCAGGUCUCACUAGUCAUUAACUAUGAUUUGCCCGCAAAUCGUGAAAACUACAUCCAUCGUAUUGGUCGAUCAGGCCGGUUUGGAAGGAAGGGUGUCGCAAUCAAUUUUGUGACGGUUGACGAUGUUCGUAUUCUUCGCGAUAUUGAACAAUUCUACAGUACACAAAUCGACGAGAUGCCUGUAAAUGCUGCUGAGUUGAUAUAG